GUGAAAUUAUCAGUCCAUCAAACCCGGCGACAUCUUCCCUCCACUCAAUCAGUCAUCUACUUCGGCUCAGACCAGCUCGGUAGAUUCACUCCCCAUCGCUACCUCCACACUUAAGAGAAGGUAGCGAACCAUGACCUCAACCCUCAAACCAGGGCAGGUCUCCGUCGUCCUCGGCUCACAGUGGGGCGACGAAGGCAAGGGCAAGCUCGUCGAUAUCCUUACAGACAAGACCGACGUCUGUGCUCGCUGCCAGGGAGGUAAUAACGCAGGUCACACCAUUGUGGUGGAUGGCAAGACGUUUGACUUCCACAUCCUUCCCUCGGGACUCGUGAACCCGCAGUGUGUCAACCUUAUUGGUAGUGGGUGUGUUGUCCACAUCCCUGCCUUCUUCAAGGAACUCGAAGCGGUUGUCGAGAAGGGUUUGAACGCAGAUGGCAGGCUCUUCAUCAGCGACCGUGCUCACCUCGUCUUUGACUACCACCAAAUCGUCGAUGGCUUGAAGGAAGGCGAACUCGGUAGUAAAUCACUCGGUACGACUCGCAAAGGUAUCGGCCCAACGUACUCCUCCAAGUCCUCUCGCAGCGGUGUCAGAUUGCACCAUCUCAUGUCUGACUGGGUAGAGUUUGAGAAGCGAUUCCGAACAAACUUGUCAACACGCGGUUUGCGGUAUGGUCAAUUUGAUUAUGACGAGGAGAAGGAGCUCGCGUACUACAAAAGUAUUCGGGAAAAGUUGCAGCCUUUUGUUGUGGAUGCAGUGCAUUUCAUGCAUCAAGCCAUCAAGGAUCAAAAACGCAUUUUGAUUGAAGGAGCCAAUGCACUCAUGCUUGAUCUCGAUUUCGGUACCUACCCCUAUGUCACGAGCUCGCCAACAACCAUUGGUGGUGUCUGCACUGGUCUCGGUAUUCCACCACAACGUAUCGGCACCGUCUGGGGUGUCGUCAAGGCUUACACGACUCGUGUUGGCGCUGGUCCCUUCCCAACUGAACAACUGAAUGCAGUCGGUGAGAAAAUGCAGGACAUUGGACGAGAGUGGGGUGUCACAACUGGACGGAAACGUCGUUGUGGAUGGCUUGACUUGGUCGUCAUUCGCUACUCGACCCUCAUCAAUGGCUAUACUGCCCUUAACAUUACAAAGCUCGAUGUGCUCGAUACAUUUGAAGAAUUGCAAGUCGCAGUGAGCUAUGAGAUUGAUGGCAAAGUGGUCGAUGACUACUUCCCUGCAGACUUAAAUGCCGUUGAACGCGCCAAGGUGAAUUACAAGACUUUCAAAGGCUGGAACUGCUGUACAACAGGCAUUACCGAGUACGAUGCAUUGCCAGCAGAAGCGAAAGCAUACGUGGAGUUUAUCGAGAAGUUCGUAGGCGUACCUGUGGGUAUGGUGGGUGUUGGCCCUUCGCGCAACUCGAUGCUGCUCAAGGCGUUGUAGAAAACUUGAUAGAUUGGACUCAUUCAUCCUGCUGUAAUUUGACCACUUUGAACCAACAACCACCUCCAGUGACUGGAAGAUGGCGACAGCUGCGCCUGCAGGGCCGCAUAUCAAUCACUACCGACUACGUCGAGUCGCUUCUUCUGCUGAGAAAUCAUGCUCCAUCUGCUAUAAACCCACAGACUGUGUGCUCAUAUCUACAGAUAGUAAAGAUUGGUUCUAUGUCUGUCAAAGUCAUCUAGUCGCUGGCUUUGCAACGCCCAUUGCAGCGCCAGCAGCGGUAGCCAAGCCCGAUGACAAGGCAAAACUAGAAGCAGAGAUUGCAA